GCAAAACGGAAGCAGACCGGGGCAGCAAACAUGUCGGCGGUCAAUUGAAAAGUUGUCGCUGGUUAAAUUUUGGGUCACCGGGGCGUCGAUGUGUUUGUUUUUGCAUGUUUUUACUUUGCUUUGACGCGAUAAGCAGGCGAGGACUCCACAAUAAGAGCCAGAAUAUUUGUUAUUAUCAGAAAUAAUGCUGAUAUCUGGGACUCAUGUCGGACGUCGUGUAUGAAGAGACAGCCACGAUGAUUGCCGCUGGGGAAUUGCAGUCGUUUGUCCCAUUUGGCCGAGAUCACUGCAGGAACCAUCCCAAUGCCUUCAACCUGCAGCUGCGGGAGCUGCAGCCCGCCUCCGAGCUCUGGUCGUCGGACUGCGCCGCCGGCCUGGCGGGCUCCCUGCAGGAGGUCAGCCUGCAGGAGAGAGAGAAGGAGAGUUGGCAGCUGAGGAAGGGCUGCGUGCAAGCACAGGAGCAGGAUGUGGACUUCGAAGAGGAGCUUUACACGGCCAGGAACGUGGUGGUCUGGACCCAGGGCAGCCGGGCGCAGAGUUCUAACGUUUACAAGGCCUUCACUGUGGACAGCCCGGUAGAGCAGGCUUUGUGGUGCGACUUUGCCGUUCCUCAGGGCAAGACAGACGACGAAAAGGUGGAGCACACCGUGUGCAUCGUGCAGAACGGGUGCGUCAACAUUCACACUGUGACCGGCAAGGAUUUCCUCUCGCCUCUGCCGUUCCAGGUGUCCAAAGUCUGGCCGACCAAGUUUGGACUUUUGCUGGAGCGUAAAAUCACAGCGACCGACGGACAGCUCGGCCCCCAGGGCGAGUCUCUCCCCACCGUGUUCAGCAUGCUGCAUCCGAUAGACGAGGUGGCGCCAGUGGUGUGCAAACCCUCAGGACCGUUCGAAAGCUCUCGGGUGGAGUACAUGUCCGACCCCGGUACGAGGAUCGUCUUCACCUGCUGUCAGCCUUCCGUCGUCGUCUCUUACGACAGCGUGCAGGGGACGCAUUCGGUGUGGAGCCUACGCAAGGUCACGCGGGAGGAGCGCUCCACUGUGCUCAGUUGUCUCUCUAAGCCCUUCGGUGAACCUUUGGGCUUCCUGGCAACGGGCUUCCUGAUGUCGCACCUGCGGAACCACUCUCGCCUGGACUCGCCCAGGUUUAAUUCCGGUCUUGGAGGAAGCGGCGCCGCGGCCACCAACUCGCCUCUUCACUACAGCACUUUGCACAGCCACCAGAACCGAAUCCUCAUGUCUUCACCCGCGGGACACUCCCGCGUCCAUUCCCCGGGUAUUUCCAAGAUGGCUGCUCUCAGCCGCGACCACUCUCCAGGCAUGGCCGCGCCAUCCUUGUCGGGCGUGGCCCGCUUCAACACCACCAUCCACGCCUUGUCGCCCAUGGGCCUCCACCACGGCGCUCUGAACUCGCCCAACAGCACCGUCAACGAGUCGGUCGUGGUGCCCGAGCUGGAGCCCAUCAUCCCGGACCUCUUCAUGGAGCAGCUGUGGAGCGAGACGGCCACGUGUCACAGCCUGGGCAGAGAGUUGAGCAGCCAGGCCUCCAAAGUGUUCCUGACGUCCGACCUCUGUGAGAACCGCUACCUCUGCUUCCUGGUGGAGUCGCACCAGCAACUCAGAUGCGUGAAAUUCAUGGAGAGCAACGACACGUCUCAGCUCAUCUUCGCCACUGUCACGUGCAUUGCCGCCAAAGAUGCGGAGCCCCUGCAGAACAUAAACGCGAUGCUGGUUUUAGAAGCCUGCGGAAGCCUGGUUCUCUACACGGGCAUAACCAGGGUCAGCAAAGUGUUUGUGCCGGGCCUCCUGCCGUCCGGCUUCAGUCUGAACAACCAUCGCGUCGGCCUCUACUCACUGGAGAAAGUUAGCACGCCCGCUAGCGCCAACAGCAGGCACGUGCAAAGACUGGAUGAGGCCGCCAUGCCCUCCCCGGUGUCCGAGCUGAGCGUUCCCACCAUGAAGCACCACGAGGGGUCUUUUCUCGAGGAUUACCUCUUCCAGCAGGCCAUGCCCUACAUCCACGCCCUGCGGGACCCCGUCAGCAACCGAGUAACUCUGGAGCUCAGCAACGGCACCAUGCUGAGAAUCUCCAUCCCCGACAUUGCCACCUCAGAGCUGGUGAGGAAAUGUCUUCAGGCCAUCCGCUUCAUCCUGCCCAAGGAAGCUGCCAUGAAGGUUUUGGUGAAGUGGUACACCAUCUACAACGCCCCAGGCGGUACCAGCCCCCACGGCGAGUGGAACCUUUUUGUCACGUGUUUCCUGACGCUGAUGGGCUACAACACGGAGCGUCUGACCUGGAUGCAAAAUCUUCAUUUUGAAGUGCCGCUCUCACCGGUGAUUGCGGCCAAGAAAGCUCGUCCCUGUGACGGAGGCUCCGAUGAGGACUGGGACUACUUGCUGGGAUGUCAUUACCACCGCCAGAUGGAUGGUGUCGGCAGACCAGCCGACGUCAGUGGCUUCGGCGCGAGCGUCUCUCCGGUGGCGGCGGACUCGUCAUCGUCGUUGCUGGGCUCCAGCUCCCCGCCCACCUUGGACAACACGGCGGCCCUCUUCGCAUACAUCCCGGCCCUCUUUUACGUCCUCCACCUGCUGUACCAGGAGCUGCUGCUCAGCGAGCUCCACCGGGAGAGGGCCUCGUCUCUGGUGUGUCUGCUGCAGCAGCUCGCCAGAGACCUCCAGUUGGACGACUAUGUGGAUCUGUACUGGAGGGACUACCCGUCGUUAAUGAGUGGAUUCCCGGAGAGCUGCCUCCUGGACCAGUCGCUGAUGGAGCAGAUGCAGCAUCCGUCCUUCCUGCGGGCCGAGCCUCCCUGCAUCUUCAGCUGGCUUAGUUGCUGCCUUCGAGGAGAGGAGGUCCCACCUUUCCCCUACUUGCCCGGCAUCUGUCACAGGAUUCGGCUCCUGGUUCUGAGUUACGCUCUGUACAUCAGCGGUGACGACAACGCCACGACCUCCAACGUGUCCAAGUACCUGGUGAAACUUUCCGCAGGCCAGAAGAGCACAGAGCCGCAGUGCAGAAGACAAUCGAGCGUGAAUCAAGUCGCGUCUUGCAGUCAAACUCUGGCUGAACAACUGGUGGUCUGGCUCACCUCACAAGGGUUCACCCUGAAGGACCUGGAGUCGGUCCCGUUCGGCGCGGCUCUGCCCAUCCGCGACGCCAUCUACCACUGCCGGGAGCAGCCGUGCGCCGACUGGUCCGAGGAGGUUUGCCUGCUGAUUGGCCGGCAGGACCGCACCAGACAGGCCCACAAGAUGACACUGGCCAAGAGCAAAGCUUCUGUGGGUUCCAGUCUGUCCUUGGAUCCUCCCACGGCCACAGAGGCUGACGAGGAGGAGGAUGGAAUGUCGGACAUCAUCCAGGAGGUCACGGGGCUGAUCUGGAGUCAGGAUCUGAGGAUCCAGGAGGUCCGAAGGCUGCUGCAGAGCUCCAAGCCAGUCCGGGUCAGCGUCGUCCAGCUCCCAGAGGUCUCCGACCACGAGUACAUAGAGGAGAAAGAAAACAAACUCCUUCAGCUGUGUCAAAGGACGAUGUCCCUCCCGGUGGGAAGGGGCCUCUUCACUCUUUUCUCCUACCAGCCUGUACCCACCGAACUUUUGCCCAUACCAAAACUCAACCUCACAGGUCGUGCCCCGCCCAGGAACACCAUGGUUGACCUGAACAGCGGCAACAUUGACGUUCCCGCUAACAUGACCAGCUGGCCCAGCUUCCACAACGGGGUGGCCGCCGGACUUAAGAUCGCGCCCGCGUCGCAGGUGGACUCGGCUUGGAUCAUUUACAACAAGAACAAGAACCAAGAGAUGGCCAACGAGCACGCCGGCUUCCUCAUGGCGCUGGGCCUCAACGGGCAUCUGACGAAGCUGGGGACACUCAACAUACACGACUACCUCAAUAAGGGUCACGAAAUGACCAGCAUUGGGCUCCUACUGGGCGUGGCUGCGGCCCGACUGGGGACCAUGGACGUGUCCACCACCCGCCUGCUCAGCAUACACAUACCCGCCCUGCUGCCUCCCACCUCCACUGAGCUGGACGUCCCACAUAACAUCCAGGUUGCGUCUGUAAUAGGCAUCGGGCUUGUGUACCAGGGAACGGGGCACAGACACAUUGCUGAAGUUCUACAGUCAGAGAUAGGGCGACCUCCGGGUCCGGAGAUGGAAUGCUGCACGGACCGGGAGUCCUAUUCCCUGGCUGCAGGCCUAGCGCUCGGCAUGGUCUGCCUCGGGCAAGGCAGCAACCUGAUCGGGAUGAGCGACCUGAAUGUCCCGGAGCAGUUGUAUCAGUACAUGGUAGGGGGACACCGCAGGGCCCCGGUUGGAGCCGGCAGAGAGAGACACAAGUCUCCCAGCUACCAGAUCAAGGAGGGCGACACAAUCAACGUGGAUGUGACGUUUCCCGGGGCCACGCUGGCUCUUGCCAUGAUCUACUUAAAGACCAACAACCGGUCCAUAGCUGAUUGGCUGAAGCCUCCAGACACUUGGUUCCUGCUGGAUUUCAUCAAGCCCGAGUUUCUCCUGCUCAGGACCUUGGCCAGGUGCAUCAUCAUGUGGGAUGAAAUCCUACCCAAUAGUGAGUGGGUUAAAAGUAACGUACCUCAGAUUAUGAGGGGGACUCAUUUGGACUCACCAGAAAACAUUAACAUGGAAACAUGGAUCCAAGUGCAGGACUACAUCACAGCCGGAGCUUGCAUGGCGCUGGGCCUGCGCUUCGCUGGUUCCGCCAACUCCGACGCCUUUGAAUGCCUCUACGACUUUGCCAAGAGCUUCAUGAAGGUCAUGUCCUUCUACGGUACAUCCGCUGUGGAGCCGGGCUGCUACAACAUGCAGACGGCGCUGUCCAUGAUUCUGUUGUCCAUGUCCAUGGUAAUGUCCGGCACGGGCAACCUGAAGGUGCUGCAGCUCUGCCGCUUCUUGCACUACCGCACUGGCGGCGAGAUGAACUACGGCUUCCACAUGGCUCAUCACAUGGCGCUCGGCAUCCUCUUCCUGGGAGGGGGAAGGUUCAGCUUGAGCACCUCCAACUCGGCCAUUGCCGCUCUGCUGUGUGCCCUCUACCCUCACUUUCCUUCACACAGCACUGACAACCGCUACCACCUGCAGGCCCUGCGCCACCUGACCGUGUUGGCCGCCGAGACCCGGCUGCUGGUGCCGGUGGACGUGGACUCCCUCAAGCCCUGCUACGCCCUCCUGGAGGUCACCUACAAGAAAACCGAGUGGUACGACGAGACCACGGUGGAGCUAAUGGCCCCCACGAUGCUGCCUGAGCUGCACCUCCUCAAGCGGGUCCGAGUGAAGGGUCCUCGUUACUGGGAGCUUUCGAUUGACCUGAUCAAGGAAGUGCAGCAUCUCAAGUCCAUCCUCUCCAGGGACGGCGUGUUGUACGUGAAACUCCGAGCUGGACAGUUGCCCUACAAGGACGACCCUCAAGGCUGGAAGAGCCUCCUGGCCUCCGCUGUCAACCAGCGCAGCUCUGGAGUCGGAGCCUUCAAGCUGGAGGCCAUCUCCACCUUCACCUCCGAGCCCGCCCUGCUCUCCUUCGCCGAGUUCUUCUGCAAGACGUCGGACGGAAUGAAGCACCGGGAGGAGACGGUGGCGCUGUUCUCGGCCAUGUUGUACGAGUGUGUGACGCAGGAAUGUCCGGAGAUGCUGCCCACGUACGUCGCCAUCGAGCAGGCGGUCGGCGCCCUGUGUCGCGGCGAGCUGCGGCACAGCUUCGCCCUGUGGCAGAUGCGUCUGGUGGUGGAGCUUUGGGACAGUCGGGUGCUGCGGCGUCCCUCCAACUGCCGCGACGCUUUGCUGUCCUCGGAGUUCUUACCCGUCAUGAAGAACAAGGUGGACGUGGCGCUGGACCAAUGGCUCAAAGACAACAGCUCAGCGUUGAGGUCUUACGUUGGCGGCGAGCCCCCCAAUGUCAGCGCCCGGUCGCCCAUGUUGGCCUGCUUCCUGGUCUAUCGCUCCGUCCCCUGCCUCAGGAACAAACUGGCGCAGCUUCGAGGCUGCACUUCGCUCAGGGACUUGUUGACCAGCAGUCGCCGGUUGGGAAUCCCGCUCCGGGACCUGCUGAGGCUCGCUCCGGUCCUGCUGGAGGCGGCAGGCGAGCCCCGGACGCCGCCUGGCUUCCUGACGCCGGCACGGUGAACCUCGAGUUCUUUCGUAGCUUUGUAGUACAUUCGAACAACAGGCGGACAAGGUGGCCUUUCUGCAUGUGUGUGUGUGUGUGUGUGUGUUCCAGGUUUGGGAAUGCAGACUUUGUGUUUUCUCCCAUUUGUAAAUAUCGUGUUUCUAUGUGGUUCUAUGUAAAGUUGAAGCUUGUUGGCCAGUUUGUCGACUCGCGCAAAGACGGAAGUUGUCUGUGUGGAUGAUAAAAGCGCCUCCACGCAGUUUAUUUUUCUAUUUGCUCCGGCUCACGUUCACCGAAUGCUGGGGAAAAUGCUCUUCGUGAUGUUGGGCUUGAAGAUAACAAUGUCAGCUUGAACAUAAAUGCACGUGAAAUUGAUUGUUUCAGUACCGGAAAGGUUUUAGUGCAUUUGGGCCUCGUCCUCAAAUUUCACACAAACACCUAUUUGUCACAACUUUUGCUGAGUUUGUGUAUGUAUUGUUUGACAAUGUUUCAUUAAAGUCAUUCAGAACAGA